UGGAUGUGCAGUACAACACUGUAUUCACGGGUUUAUUUUGGUGCGUGUUUGUCCCGUGCUUACCGCGCGUAAUGACACCAUUCCACUUAUCUACACCCCUGCGCGCUUUACUAAAGUCUUAUCGACUCCGGGCUGUGUACAAAACGGUUCAGGGGUUCAGGGUAUGGGAGUUUAGACACAUUUCUCCAUGCACGACAAUCGCAGGGUACAUUAGCAUGGAGGAGAUCCUCAGAAAGACAGUGAUCCCAUUGCCAACCUAUGAGAUGAGAGAUAAAUCUCCACCACCACCUGAAUCCAACAGUCUGGAGUUCAUGCAGUUUUACAAGAGUCUAGAAAAAGAGCAGAGGCUAGAGUUUCUGGAAAAGCUGUCGCAUGAUUUCGGAGUGGAUCACAGGGGGGUUUCGGAUAUGGCUAUGAAGCUGCUGGACACUCAGGUGCGAGACGUGGCCACCAUCCUGCAGGUGGAGGAAAGGUUAAGGUACAGUUUGACACCCCGGUACCGACUGCUGCUCACUCAUAUCAGCAGGGUUCAUGGCGGGGUGAAGUUUCUGGUGGACCUCCGGGCAGAUCUCAUCAACUUUGCGUCCACCAUAAUUAGUGACAGCCCACACAUGAGGGAUCUGAGCAGCACUCUGAAGAGUCUUCUGUCAGAAUGGUUCUCAGUUGGAUUGCUCCGGCUGGAAAGGAUCACUUGGCAGUCCCCAUGCGAGAUCCUUCAGAAGAUCAGCCAGUAUGAGGCGGUGCACCCUGUGCGGAACUGGACAGACAUCAAACGCAGAGUCGGGCCGUACAGGAGAUGCUACGCCUUCAUCCACGCCUCUAUGCCUGGAGAACCACUGGUGGUGCUGCAUGUUGCACUCACUGAGGACAUAGCAAACAAUAUCCAGAGCAUUGUGAGAGAGUUUGGCACUCUAGAUGCCAAUGAAGAUGUGAACAAGAUCAAUGCGGCCAUCUUCUAUUCCAUUUCUUCCACUCAGGCAGGGCUGCAGGGGGUUGAGCUUGGCAAUUACCUCAUCAAGAGGGUGGUCCGAGAGCUACAGAGUGAGUUUCCCCAUAUGGCCCAGUUCUCCAGUCUGUCUCCUAUCCCUGGGUUCUCCUUAUGGCUUCAGGGAGUUCUGGCCCAGCACAAGAAGGAGGGCCAUGCCAAAGAGCUCCUCUCUGAGCAGGAGUGGAGGGAGGUGGAGGAAGUGACGGGAGCCACCCCCGGGGUCCCAGCUAUGGAGGCCCUCCGCAGACUCAUCAGCACCAGUGAGUGGAUUCGCUCUGAUCGCCUGGUGCACACUCUCGAGCCCGUCCUUAUGCGGCUCUGUUCCUGGUACCUGUAUGGAGAAAAGCGACGGGGCUACGCCUUAAACCCUGUAGCCAACUUCCAUCUUCAGAAUGGUGCUACCAUGUGGAGACUGAACUGGCAAGCAGACACCAGCCUGAGAGGGAUUGCCAACUCCUGUGGCAUUAUGGUUAAUUACAGAUACUUCCUGCAAGAGACGAGUGCUAACAGCACUGCCUACCUGCAGAAUAAAGUCAUCAAAGCUUCGGAGCAGGUGAUGGGCCUGGUGUCGCAGUUUCAAAAGAACAGCAAACUCUGAGAACUCUAUCCCUGAAAUCCACAAUUUUUUUUGAAAGCUCUGCACUGAACUGAGGGGACAAAGUGAAUCUGGGUUAAAGUGGGCUAAUACACAUGCUGAACAUGGGUUAUAAUAUAAUCAGCCUUAUACAGAUGCCUUGGCCUUCAUGACUGAGACCAGUAUAUCAAUACACUGUCACGGCUUCAUUUAGAACAGCAAUGGACAGUUCUAUUCUGCCUUUCUGAAAGACAAUACUCACAAAGUUCAAUAUUGAUCUGGUUAAUUUUAAUUAUGCAGCAUGCUGCUUUGUGUGAAAUCACCAGAGAUUUUGUGGUAAAAUGUAACCUGGACAUAUUUUUUGUGAGAUUCAACCCCAUAGAGUAUCAGCAGCACUUCAGCAUGCCUCAGUUUGAUUAGCUGGUUGCUAGUUUUGAUGUGGACUUACAUUACACUUUGAAAGACUGAAGGUAAUGAAGUGAGAAGAAUCUAUCAGACCCUGUCAUGUCUUUGCCUUCUCAGCAUAUGUACUGAAUAUAAGAGUGCAUGUCUGAGUGAGUGAGUGGAAGCUGCUGUAAUAAAUAAUGUUUUGAUUCCUUUA